AUGGGAGUGAAAGAGAAGAAUGAAGGAUGGCUACAGAAUACAGAUAAGUAUAACUAUACAGAUAGUGAUAAUUUUGAUAUAAGUAAGACGUUUUGGGAUAAAGAAAAUUCUAGGAAGAGUGUAGACAUUUCCACAGCAGUAUGGCAGCCCUCAAAUAUAGAGAAUGCAGGCCAAGGAACUUCAAGAUUUUUCUUGUUAUGUUCAGUGAUUCUUAGGGUUGCAACAGAAAUCCAGAUUUUAAUUAAUCCUGUGAAUUUGCCUGAAAAUAUGCCUCCUGGGACACAACUAAGCAGAGCUUAUGACAAAGAUGUAGUUGGAAAACCAGAUGCUUAUCAUUUUUUGAAUAAAACAAAUGAGUUUAUAAUUAAUUCAGAUUCUGGUGUGAUCACAAGUACCAAAAUCUUUAAUUUUGAGAUGGAUCCAAGAAGGUUCCUGUUGAUAGUUGACACAGGAGGAAGUAAGAGGCAUGUUUUGACAAUCAAUAUUAUUGAUUUACCUGAACAGCCAGACUGUUCUGUUGAUCCUCAGUUUUCUUCUGGAACAGCUACUAUAGCUAUUGAUGAGAAUUACCCAUUAUUUCAGUCCAUCUACAGAGUAAUGGCCACAGAUGAAGACAUUGAAGAUAAUGGUAGACUAAAGUAUUCAAUUGAAACACAAUCUUCUGGACCCAAGAAUGGAGCAAAUUGCUUUGGUGUGGAUUCUGUAACUGGUAUUGUUAGCCUGAGAUCUGAACAAUCUCUGGACUUUGAUGCAGGAUAUCAUGUAUUCCAACUUGCAUUAAGGGCAACUGACACCACAGGUCUGUUCUGCCAAGGAACACUGACUAUCAUGAUCAGAAAUAUAAAUGAUGAAAAGCCUCAAUUUGAAUCAUUUCCUUUCGAUUCCAUUAAUGUGACUGAGAAAAAAUCUGUUGGAGAUAUUAUCGCAAGAGCAAAAGCUACAGAUCUAGAUGAAGAUAGCAACAUCACUUAUUCUUUUAAAACUCAACAGACAGUGUUUGGUUUGGACCCUGUAACAGGCAUAAUUACUCUGCUUCAGCCUUUGACUCUUGAUAACUCAAAUAAUCCUAAUGCCUACCCUUUGGAAAUUGAGGCCAAAGAUAAUGGAAAUAAUACCAGCUCCUACUUAUUUACAAUUUUUGUAGAGGAUGUAGAUGAUCCUGUUAUCUGUGAUCCUGGCUUUUCUACUGGAGGAGGUGUCUCUGUAGUUAUUCCUGAAAACAUUCCACCAUCUGCUUUUAUAUACAUGAUUCUUGCAAGAGAUCCAGACCCAGGUCAAGAGGUUGAACGUUUCCAGAUAGUGAUUUCUGCCAGAACCAGAGGAAACAUGUCUCUGGAGUCAUGCACUGGCACCAUCACAGUAAACAUCCAGAAUGUUAAUGAUGAGAUUCCAGUCUUUGCAUAUCGACCAGAUAGACCUAUAUAUAUUUAUGAAAAUCUACCCCUUGGAAGAGAACUAGUCAAAUUAACAGCAAAUGACAGAGACAUAGGAGACUCUGUCCAUUAUGAAUUUGUGGGAACUUUCAAAGGGUUUUCCAUAAAUGAUGAUUCUGGACUGAUCACAAUUUCACAACCAUUAGAUUAUGAAGAUCCUGCCAUUCCGCAAUCUUGGAUAUUAAAAAUCAGAGCUUAUGACAAUGAUCGAAUGCAUUCCACCACAGGAAUGCUAACUGUCAUUUUACAAGACAUAAAUGACAAUCCACCACAGUGUACUCAGGACUAUUAUAUAAUUGAAUUUCCCGAAAAUAUUCCACUUGAAACUUGCUUAGUGUCUUUAAUUUGUACUGAUAAGGAUGGAACAUAUCCCAAUAAUAACAUCACUUAUCAUCUGAUCUUGGAUGAAUUUUCAAAUGAAACAUUUACCCUCACCAACAAUGAAAUAAAAAUUGGACCUAAUCAACUGAAUUAUGAUAAUUUUGUUUUUGCUGGGAUGCAAUUUAAAUAUACUCUUUUUGUUAGAGUAUCUGAUGGAGGUACCCCAGGAUUAUCAACUACUAUUACAAUUAUUUUACAUGUGACUCGUAUAAAUGAAUUAAAUCCAAUUGGUAACAUGCCAGCUUUUAUAUUCAGUGUACCUGAAAACAGUGCAGUGGAUACCUUUAUUGGGAGAGUUGCAUUUACAGAUACUGAUUGGCCAUUCAAUAACCUAAAAUAUGCAAUUGAUGGAGGUAAUCUGAGAACACCAUCCAAAUUUUACAUCGAACCAAACACAGGAAUGAUAAAACUGUUGGAUUCAUUAGACAGAGAGGUUCAAGCCCAAUACAGGUUAGUAGUCAGAGUAACAGAUAAGGACAAUGACAUUGAACCUGAUCCACUGAGACAGAGAAGUAGUUCUGCUCUUGUGACCAUCAAUGUUCUGAAUAUAAAUGAUGAACCUCCUAUCUGUAAUCCACCACAUUUGGAAAAGAUUAUGUAUGCUCCAACCAGGAUACCCUUUCUUCAACUGAAUUGUUCUGACAAAGAUUCUUCUCAUAAAGAACUCAGCUAUUCAAUUAUAAGAGGAAACACAAACAACUGGUUCACACUAGAGAGACCAGGUGUUGAUCCUCCUUCUUUGGCCACCACUAAAAAUUUCCAGUCCGAUGUGUUUCGAGAGAUUAAAGAUCCCACGACUUUCCAGCUACUUAUUGAAGUUACUGAUGAAUUAGGUGGGAAUAAAGCUAGUCAGCUGUCAACCACUGCAACUGUUAUAAUUCAUAUGUUGCCUUGGACUACCAUUCAGCCAACUACAGCCACAAAAACAACAAUUACAACAAGAGUAAGUACUUAG